AGACCGAGCGAGCGAAGAUGCUCCUGGACGCCGGACCCCAGUACCCCGCCAUAGGAGUCACGACUUUCGGCUCCACGCGGCACCACUCCACAGGCGAGGUGACGGAGCGGGAGGUGGCGCUGGGCAUCAACCCGUUCGCGGACGGCAUGGGCGCCUUCAAGAUCAACCACGGCUCCCACGAGCAGACGGCGUUCUCGUCGCAGGCGCCCGGCUACGCGGCGGCGGCCGCCCUGGGCCACCACCACCAUCACCACCACCACCACCCGGGCCACGUCGGCUCCUACUCCACGGCGGCCUUCAACUCCACGCGGGACUUUCUGUUCCGGAACCGCGGGUUCGGGGAGGCGGCGAGCGCGCAGCACAGCCUCUUCGCCUCGGCGGCGGCGGCGGGCAGCUUCGCCGCGGGCCCCCACGGACACUCGGAGGCGGCGGGCCACCUGCUCUUCCCCGGGCUGCACGAGCAGGCGGCGGGCCACGCGUCCUCCAACGUGGUCAACGGCCAGAUGCGCCUGGGCUUCACCGGCGACGUGUACGGCCGCGCGGCCGAGCAGUACGGCCACGUCACGAGCCCGCGCUCCGACUACGCGUCCACGCAGCUGCACGGCUACGGCCCCAUGAACAUGAACAUGGCCGCGGCGCACCACGGCGCCGGGGCCUUCUUCCGCUACAUGCGGCAGCCCAUCAAGCAGGAGCUCAUCUGCAAGUGGAUCGAACCGGAGCAGCUGGCCAGCCCCAAGAAGUCCUGCAACAAGACCUUCAGCACCAUGCACGAGCUGGUCACCCACCUGACCGUGGAGCACGUGGGGGGCCCCGAGCAGACCAACCACAUCUGCUUCUGGGAGGAGUGCUCCCGGGAGGGCAAGCCCUUCAAGGCCAAGUACAAGCUGGUCAAUCACAUCCGCGUGCACACGGGGGAGAAGCCCUUCCCGUGCCCCUUCCCCGGCUGCGGCAAAGUCUUCGCCCGCUCGGAAAACCUCAAAAUCCACAAAAGGACGCACACGGGUGAGAAGCCGUUCAAGUGCGAGUUCGACGGCUGCGACCGGCGCUUCGCCAACAGCAGCGACCGCAAGAAACACAUGCACGUGCACACGUCCGACAAGCCUUACUUGUGCAAAAUGUGCGACAAGUCCUACACGCACCCGAGCUCGCUGCGCAAACACAUGAAGGUCCACGAAUCGAGUAACCCCGGCUCGCAGCCUUCCCCCGCGGCCAGCUCCGGGUACGAGUCGUCCACGCCCCCCACCAUCGUGUCCCCGUCCACGGAGAACCCGAGCGGCGGCAGCUCCAUAUCGCCGACGGCCCCCGGGGGGGUGCAGCACCACGCCACCGCCGCCGCCACCUCCGCGGCCACCGGCAGCCACAGCAGCGCGCUCACGUCCAAUUUCAAUGAAUGGUACGUGUAA